ACGCACAAGAUGGCCGCUGCCGGAGUGGCAGCGGGGCGGCGGCGGGCGAUGGCGGCGCUGCCCCGGGGCCCGCGUGUACUACUGGAGGAGCAGCAGCAGGGCGCUGUGGCAGCCCCGGUGUGCCGGAGCUGAGGGGGCCCGUGGGCGCUGUAGGAAGCCCGGCCCGCGUGGUUAUGUUUCACACUAUGUGCAGACUGUCUGUACUUACAGAAGAUAUUUAAAACCAAACAGACUUUUUUGCAAGAUUUUGAUUCCAGUGGAAUCUGUGCUUUAGAUUUUUGUCUUGUCAAUUAACUCCUGAAGCAAUGCCUGUACAAGCUCCACAAUGGACGGAUUUUCUCUCCUGCCCGAUUUGCACACAGACUUUCGACGAAACGAUCCGGAAGCCCAUCAGCUUGGGUUGUGGCCACACUGUCUGCAAGAUGUGCCUCAACAAGCUCCACCGUAAGGCAUGUCCCUUUGACCAGACCACUAUCAACACAGACAUUGAACUCCUUCCUGUCAACUCAGCCCUGCUGCAACUUGUGGGUGCUCAGGUUCCUGAGCAGCAGCCGAUUACUUUAUGCAGUGGAGCUGAAGACACCAAGCAUUAUGAGGAGGGCAAGAAAUGUGUGGAAGAAUUGGCAUUGUACCUCAAACCACUCAGCAGUGCAAGAGGUGUGGGUCUUAACAGUACUACUCAGAGUGUACUGAGUCGUCCCAUGCAGAGGAAACUUGUGACAUUAGUCCAUUGCCAGCUGGUGGAGGAGGAAGGGCGGAUCAGAGCCAUGCGUGCAGCGCGGUCACUGGGUGAAAGAACAGUCACAGAGCUCAUUCUCCAGCAUCAAAACCCUCAGCAGCUCUCCUCCAACCUCUGGGCUGCAGUGAGAGCCAGAGGGUGCCAGUUCCUUGGGCCAGCAAUGCAAGAGGAGGCUUUAAAGCUGGUUCUGCUGGCUUUGGAAGAUGGAUCUGCUCUGUCACGAAAGGUCUUGGUUCUCUUUGUGGUGCAGAGACUGGAGCCACGAUUCCCCCAGGCUUCCAAAACUAGCAUUGGGCAUGUUGUCCAGCUCCUUUACAGAGCCUCGUGCUUCAAGGUGACCAAGCGAGAUGAGGAUUCCUCCCUGAUGCAGCUGAAGGAGGAGUUUCGCACUUACGAAGCUCUGCGAAGGGAACACGACUCCCAGAUCGUUCAGAUAGCCAUGGAGGCAGGUUUGCGCAUUGCGCCAGACCAGUGGUCCUCGCUGUUGUAUGGAGACCAGUCUCACAAAUCCCACAUGCAGAGUAUCAUUGACAAGUUGCAGACCCCAGCCUCGUUUGCACAGAGUGUUCAGGAAUUAACUAUUGCUCUUCAGAGGACUGGAGAUCCAGCUAACUUGAAUCGUCUUAGACCUCACCUAGAGCUCCUAGCAAAUAUUGAUCCCAGUCCAGAUGCUCCACCUCCAACAUGGGAACAACUGGAAAAUGGACUGGUUGCUGUGAGGACUGUGGUUCAUGGCUUAGUUGAUUAUAUCCAGAAUCACAGCAAAAAAGGAACAGAUCAACAACAGCCCCCUCAGCACAGCAAGUACAAGACAUACAUGUGCCGAGACAUGAAGCAGAGAGGAGGAUGUCCCCGGGGGGCCAGCUGCACCUUUGCACACUCACAGGAGGAGCUGGAAAAAUUCCGUAAAAUGAACAAGCGUCUCGUUCCCAGAAGACCCCUUAGUGCCUCCCUGGGCCAGCUGAAUGAGGUGGGCCUGCCUUCAGGAGCUAUCCUCUCAGAGGAAGGGGGAGUGGACUUGCCCAAUAGGAAGACUUCUGCUCUGCCAAAUGGAAUUGUGUCAACAGGCAGCACAGUGACACAACUCAUUUCUCGAGGCACUGACUCCGGUUAUGAAACUGCCCUGAAGCCGGGGAAGAUGGAUCAUCUGAGUAGCAGCGCCCCUGGAUCUCCUCCUGACUUGCUGGAAUCUGUUCCCAAGAGCUCUAUUUCUGCCUUGCCAGUGAACCCUCAUCCUGUGCCUGCUCGGGUGCCAGCAGACCUGCCCUCGGUGUCUGUCACCAAGCAGUUGCAGAUGGUACCACGAGGGUCUCAGCUGUACAAUGCACAACAAGCAGAUAUGUUUUAUCAAGACCCCAGAGGGGCUGCUCCAUCAUUUGAGCCAGCACCCUACCAACAAGGAGUGUACUACCCCACUCAGUCCAUGUCUCGCUUCGUCCGCCCUCCUCCGUCAGCGCCCGAACCGGGUGCGCCGUACCUGGAGCACUACGGGCCGUACCUGCCGGAGCGCGUGGUGAGCCCGCAGUACCCGCAGCCGCAGGGGUACCCGGCCCUGGCACAGCCCAUGUACCCAGCACACUACGACAGCCGCCGCGUGUACCCCCCCGUGCAGCCCUACCAGCGCGACGACGUGGUGCGGGGCAGCCCCGUGCCCAUCGACAUCCCGCAGGCGGCCGUGCCGCUCUACGUACCUGAGAACAGAGACAGAUACCAGCAGACAGAGGCUUACUGCCCAGUGGCUCCACAUCUCAGUCAGAUCAGACCUUCGUGCCACAGGCCUCAUCCCAGCCUGGAUGAACUUCACCGACGAAGGAAAGAGAUCAUGGCCCAGCUGGAAGAGAGGAAGGUGAUUUCUCCACCUCCUUUUGCACCAUCACCAACCUUGCCUCAUCCUUUUCACUCAGAGGAGAUUUUUGUUUUUGUACAGUACUUGGAUGAAGACCUGAAGGUAGCUGGGAAAUACAAAGGAAAUGACUACAGCCAGUACUCUCCCUGGUCCUGUGACACCAUCGGCUCCUACAUUGGAACCAAAGAUGCAAAACCCAAAGAUGUUGUGGCAGCAAGGAGUGUGGAGAUGGCGAACGUGGACAGCAAAGCCAUGCGUGAGCAGCGCCUGGACAUGCAGCGACGAGCGGCCGAGACAGGGGACGAUGACCUCAUUCCCUUUGGGGACCGACCAACUGUGUCGAGAUUUGGGGCCAUCUCUCGCACUUCCAAAGCCAUGUACCAGAACUCUGGGCCCAUGCAGGCCAUGGCAGUUCAGGGAGCUGCCACCAAAUCCAUCAUUUCAGACUACAGUCCUUACGAAACCCAUGGUGGCUGGGGAGGCUCUCCAUAUUCUCCUCAUCAAAAUAUACCUUCUCAGGGACGUUUCAAUGACAGGGAGAGGCUGUCCAUGUCGGAUGUGGCUGGUCAUGGGAAGCAGUUGCCCUCAGCUGAACGAGAGCAGCAGCUGCGCAUGGAACUGCAGCAAGUUGACCAUCAGAUCAGCCAGCAGACACAAAUGCGGGGACUGGAGGCUGUUAGUAACAGGCUGCUGUUGCAGAGAGAGGCGACUACCCUGGCAGGCCAACCACAGCCCCCACCCCCACCUCCCAAGUGGCCUGGGAUGAUCUCAAGUGAACAGCUGAGCUUGGAGCUACACCAGGUGGAAAGGGAAAUUGGGAAGAGAACCCGUGAGCUGAGCAUGGAGAGCCAGUCUUCACUGGAUAUGAAAAACAAGCUGGGCACCACUAAACAGACAGAAAACGGACAAUUAGAGCCACAAAACAAGGUUCCAGCUGAGGACCUUACACUGACAUUCAGCAGUGAUGUUCCGAAUGGAUCAGCUUUGACCCAAGAGAACAUUGGCCUCCUGUCAAACAAUAUGGCAUCUCUCAGCCUGUCAGAGGACCCCGAGGGAGGAGGGGAUGGCCACGACUCCCAGCGAGCGGGAGUGACACCCACAUCUGCUCCAUGAAGCGAGGCCAGCACACCCCGGAGUUCCUUCUGCUGGGGUGUCGGCAGCUUCCACCUUGUGUUUUUUUCCAGGAGAAACCCAGGAGCAGCAGCAGUAGCAGAGCAGCAGGUCCAGAGGCAAUGUGCACAAACACAACUACUAGAAACAAAUCCUGCACAUAGUUCACAUUAACGCAUUUUUUAAUUAAAAAAAAUGAAAAUUAGCAGUAUCUGCAAAGAAUUCAAAUUAAAUUUGUUUUUGUUCUGUGAAUGAACUUUAUUUUAAUAACUUUGGACGCCUUGAAUCCCAGGGCUUAAAAAAAAAAGAUAUUAUAUAUAUAUACUCUGUUUGAUUAAUUGUAUGAUCUUAAUGAAGUAGGUUUUUUCUUUUAUUUUGGUAUUAUUACAUACCCAGUGCAUAAUUCCUUAUUACCUUACUAAAACAAUUUGGCCACUUCCUUGUAUGGUUUAAGGGUAAACAAGGAAUGAGGGUUGGAGAGUAGCUGUGAAUUGCAGUGUCAAAAGAUGUGCAGCAAACUUCAUGCUUAACGCAAUUCCUCCCACUGCAAAAGACAGAGUCUUUGCAAAGGUGUGGUCCUUUCUAAAGGUGGCUUUGUUUAAGAUCUGUGUAUGUUAGAAUCUGACACCUGAGUAUCAAUCUGCAGUUUGUCAGGGCUGCAGUGAAUCCACCCUGAAUUCCUGUUUCAUGGGAGAAGAAUUGCACCAAAGUAACCACUGAAGGUGCAGCACAGAUCUUGCCAGAAGUAUUGAGAAGCAAAUUUUGCCUGCUAGAUCUAAUACUUCUCUAAGUAGAUGCUUUGUAGGCGUAAGUCAGAGAAGCUGUGUAUGUUGAUUAUUUUUUUUUGCUGCACAUUUUUUUGCUUUUUUGGCAUAUGCUGAGGUAAGAUCCUGGAUAUGAAGACCUCUUGAGAGUGAUUUUUCAAGUGCUGCUCCCUCUCUACCUUCUUGGCCUGUCCUCAUUUUUUCUUUCUGGGUUCGACUACUAAGUGGGAAAGCACUGGUUAUGUAAUAAAUUACUGCAUUGCUUUGGUUGGGUAAAGCAAGAGUUAAUAAAUUUUCUUGGGUUUUAGUUUUUUUUUCCUUAACCUUAACUCCUGCUGAGGUUAUAGCAACCUUGGGCUAAGCUUUGCAUUCAUCAUACUGUUAAAUAAAACAAAAGGGGGGGUGGGAGGGGAUACAGUCUCACUAUUGCCUACCAGUAGGAGAGUCCAAACAGAAGACUCUUUUGAGUAGCAAUUAUUUAAUUUGCCCAGUCAAGGCACCGCGUUUAUAUACUAUUUCACAUUGAAUUUGAUUAUGCCCUACAGACCUGGCUGGUCAAGGAUUUGAUACACAUAUUGGCUUGGGAUUCGAGCUUUCUUUUUUAUUUAAAUAAAAAUUUAUAUAUAAAUAUAUAUAUACAUAUAUACAUAGUUAUAUCUGUAUAUAUAUUGGGUAUGUUUUAAGAAUUUUUUCGCAUGAGCGCAGCUGUUGUGAUCAAAUGUCUGGGAGGUAGAAGCACUGAAUGAAAAUAAAAGCAUUUUUCACCACACCCCCCCACACUUUCCAUGUGUCUUAACACGGGUUUAUUUCGCUCUUAGUUGAACUUUGGCCUCUUAAUUGCCUGGAGUAGUUUGAAGCUUGCUUUUUUUAACGCCUCUUUUAACUUUUGGCAAAGAAUCAACUUUGCACUGAAACAGCUUCAUCUCCCCUUGCCCCUAUUGGUCUGUAUCUCCUACUUGAAGCCAAGCAUUCCAGCCACUCCCUUGGAGCUGAGCAGAACUGGGGUGAUGCAGUUGGGAGCCCAUCAGGUCUGUUCCUCUCUCCUCUGCUCUGGGCAUGAGGAGGAUGCAGGUCUUUUCCUGGCUGCCUGCUCCCAAGUCACCUGGCACAGGCCCUGAGCCCUCAUCCUCCGGUGCAGAGCACCACCCUCAGGUCAGCCUCUUCCUUGACUUUAAUUAGUUUACUCCUUCCUGCUGUGUCUUUAUUAGCGCAGGGAGCUCAUCUUAGUCAAGAUAAUUAGUGCAAUAUUCUAAUCUAGGUGGACAAGCCCAGAAUGUGCCUUUUUUUUGACUAGUAAUUGUGGAUGUAGAAUUAGUUUUCAAAGAUGGUUGUGAUAGGUUGGACACUGCAGAUUCAUUUUAAUACUAGGAAGAAAAUCUAGAGGGGCAAAACCCUCUACCUUUUAUUUUCUAGUUCCCUCACCAGAUUAGGGAUUAUUCUUUUCUCCACAUUUUCUCCUGGAAUUCUUCAGUAAGAGCUAUUUAGAUUGCUGGCCUACAUAUGAUGAAUGCUUCCAAGAUCUGUGGAUUAGAAGGAAGACCCUACUGGGUUUUUUUUUUUUUCCUUCAUCCAACUCUCUGUGCUGUACUUUGUGCGUAAUGUCCUUGUUGUGAUCAAUGUGUCCAGGUGAAUGCCCUGUUUGCCCAGAGUUAUAGUUUGGCUUGUUAAAUAGUUUGUUUAAUGUCUACUAACAGUAUUGAUUUUCGACUUUGUUUCAUCCCCUCCUCCUCUUACCCUUUUUCUGCAGAGGUUUAGUUGAUUAAACAAAUCAAACAGCAAAAUGCAGUGCAUGCUUUUAAGUUUUUUUUCUGGAAACUGCACCUAAAAUGUUCUGGUUUUGUGGAAAAGCUGGGAGACUGUGAGGGACAGAUAGCUCUGUAUGUUGUGGCAGCAUUAAUGUUUACAGCUAACAAAUGUGAAAAUGUCUGGAGUGACUCUGUCUUGCUGCACUCAUUCCUGUAGCCCAUCGUUGUCCCAGUCAUACAGGAAUUCUGGCCACCUCAGUGAAAUUGGUCUUGGCUACCAAGUGAUUUAGUUCCUUCUGUUGGGCAAGAGGAAGCAGUGUUACCAUGGUGUCAGGGCACUGCUGCAUCCUUUGGUAGGUAGGUUAAAUUUUCUGCUGCACCAGGCAACUCGAACCCCAUCGAUAACUGGGUUCCAGCCAGAUGGACAGCAUGGACAAACCUUCAGAAUAGGAAGCUUCAAGUGGUAGGUUAAGCUUCAGUGUGUCAGUGAUUCAGUCAGUAUGUAGAUGAUGUCUGUUUAUUCUGUGGUGUUGUUUCCCUCCUUCUGUCAAUGUCUCAUCUGUCUGUCCUGUGACCUAGUUCUUUCUUCUUAAUAGGAGAAGUUUAAAGUUUUUCUUCUGCCCUUCUUGCAUGCUGUCCCAUUUCAGAGUAGGACUUUUUUUUUCUGUAGGUCAGAGCACCUUUCAAGCUAGCAGCACUUUUAUCCCUAUUCUCUGUGUAGUUUUUUCUGAGCCCUCUGUCCCCUUUUUGCGUCUUUUUCUCCUGUGGCUUGCCCAUCCACCCUCCCUGAUUGUGUAACAGUGACAGCUUGCUGCCUCAAAACAGAGCAUUCAAAUGAAUUCGCUUAGCCAAUAACUUCUGUGAAGUUGCCUUUUCUAAUGGUGUUAUUACUCAGUGAUGCACAAAUGUGAUAUUGCCCCUACUGGUAGGCAAACAGGGGAUCUGUAUAAACAUGGUAAACUGCUGUUUUUCUUUAAAGGAGAGCCAAAGACUUGUGCUUUACACUUUUUCCCCCCUGGUGUAGCCAUUUUGAUUGUCAGACAUUUGUGUAGGGUAUUGUGAGUUGACUGUAUUAUCCUAAAAACAAUUUCCAGAAGUUAAUGAUUGUCAAGCCUUGCCCAUGCAUUGAAUUGUGGAAAAUCAUUCCAUUGAGUCAUACAAUUUGCAAUGUACUGAGAUGUAUCUGAAGUGUUGUGAUGUGUUUUCAGUCUUCCAUGCACUCUCAGCUGACUGAAUGGCUCAUUUAGAGAGGAAGAAGGAACAUAGAAAUGUUAUAAUCCAAGAAGCCUUGUUUUUAAGUGUUUCUAAAUUAAAUACUUAUUGAAAAUUUCUUCAAUUGCAGUAAAAGAUAAAUCUGUGUUACAAAUGUGACUGACUUUUAAAUCCACUGGGACGGAAAAGAAUUGUGAAACACUAGCAUUGCAUUAAAUUAGAUGUGGAAGAACCA